UACCAGACUGUCAGAGAGUACCAAUGAACUACACCAGUGGAUCUGCAUCCGCCAACAUCUCGGGAAAAAUCCGAGACUUGCCUGUAUCCAGCAGCUCAGGACAUGCUCAACAAAGUGAUAAAUCCAACAUCAAUGAUCAAUUCGCCGAUUUAAUAUCACCCGGACCGGAUGAUAGGAACUGGAGAGGUAUUGGUAUUGCUCUAUUGGUUAUUGUAGCUGUGUGUGCACUCAUUGUUGCAGCAGUCAUUUUAUUGACUCCAGCUGACAAGGGACUUCACAUAAGAAAUGCUAGACUUGAUAUGAGAGAAGUUAUUGGUGGCAAUUUUGAGCCUGCUACAUUUAAUGGAACAUGGAUAACAGAUGAUGAAUAUAUGUUUCAAGAUAAAUAUGGAGCAAUUGUUCUGUAUAAUGUAGAUACAAAGAAUAUUACUGUAUUGAUGUCUAACAUUUCAUAUAACCGACAUUAUAUUGAUGGAUAUAGUUUAUCUCCAGAUAAAAAUUAUUUACUAAUUAUUCAAGAUAUAAAAAAGAUAUACAGAUAUUCAUUUACUGCAAAGUACCAAAUAUAUAAUAUUAGUGAUGACAAACUUUCUCCACUACUUCCGAAAAAUUCUUCAAUAAGAUACCAAUAUGCCGAAUGGGGAACAAAAGGAACACAGUUGGUUUAUGUUUAUGAAAAUAAUAUAUAUUAUCUUCCAAGUGUUUUCGAAAGAUACACACCAACUCCUCUCUCUCACACUGGAGUUUUUGGAGCAGUAUUGAAUGGGAUUCCAGACUGGAUUUAUGAAGAGGAAAUAUUUUUAUCUAACAAGGCAAUAUGGUGGUCUUUGGAUGGUACAAAAUUAUGUUAUGCCACAUUUAAUGACACAGAAGUUGAUAUUACAUCAUAUUCAUGGUAUGGUUCCCAUAAAGAUGUAAAUAUAUAUCCAGAAAUUGUCCAAAUACGAUAUCCAAAGCCAAAUCGAAAAAUUCCAACCAUCAAAUUGCUUGUUGUUGAUCUUACUCCUGGUAAAUUUGUACCUCAGACUAUUCAUCCACCACGAGAAUAUGCUGACAAGUAUAUAGUUUAUGAAAAUAAUAUAUAUUAUCUUCCAAGUGUUUUCGAAAGAUACACACCAACUCCUCUCUCUCACACUGGAGUUUUUGGAGCAGUAUUGAAUGGGAUUCCAGACUGGAUUUAUGAAGAGGAAAUAUUUUUAUCUAACAAGGCAAUAUGGUGGUCUUUGGAUGGUACAAAAUUAUGUUAUGCCACAUUUAAUGACACAGAAGUUGAUAUUACAUCAUAUUCAUGGUAUGGUUCCCAUAAAGAUGUAAAUAUAUAUCCAGAAAUUGUCCAAAUACGAUAUCCAAAGCCAAAUCGAAAAAUUCCAACCAUCAAAUUGCUUGUUGUUGAUCUUACUCCUGGUAAAUUUGUACCUCAGACUAUUCAUCCACCACGAGAAUAUGCUGACAAAGAUUAUUAUGUAACUUCAGUACAGUGGAUUGAUUCUAAUCAGCUAGCAAUUGUUUGGUUGCAGAGACUUCAAAAUUCAUCAAUUAUUAGUAUCUGCUAUGGUGAUAAAGGAUGGAAAUGUGAAAAAAAUUAUCAAGUUAACAGUGACAAGAAUGGUUGGGUUGAAAUGAAUAAUCCUCUUAUUUUUUCUUCAAAUAAACAAAAUUAUUUCAUUUAUCUUCCCAAGUCAGAAGGGUUUUCUGGAAAUUUUAGACAUGUUGCUAUGAUUAAUGUAAAGAACAGUAGUGUGCAAUUUUUGACAAGCGGAAAAUAUGAUGUUGUGCAACUUCUUUCUUAUUAUAAAGCAAACCAAGCUAUAUACUUUAUCAGCACUUUAGAAGAAAAAUCAGGUGAACAACAUCUAUUUGCAGCCAGUUCUCAUAAGAACAUCACAUGUUUGUCAUGUAAUUUGGGGAAAUCUUGUCUUUUUAAUAAUGCUAGAUUCAGCCCGAGUGCUAAAUAUUUUAUUCUUGAGUGCCUUGGUCCUGAUAUACCACAAAUAGAAAUGAGAAGAACCAUUGACAAUAAGCUUUUGUAUGUCAUUAACGAUAACAAAGCUCUGCGUGAGCUAGUUGAUAAAAGAACUUUACCAAAAAUUCGUUCCUUCAAAGUACCAUUGCAUAAUGGAUAUAAAGCAAAUGUACGUUUAUUUCUGCCUGCAAUUUUGAGAGAUGAUGAAAUCACAAAAUAUCCAAUGGUAGUAAACGUAGAUGGAUCACCAGGAAGCCAAUUAGUAAAUGAAAAAUUUAGUAUUCAUUGGGGAACGUAUUUAGCUAGCAAGAAAAAUUAUAUUUAUGCUUGGAUUGAUGGACGAGGAAGUGGAAAUAGAGGAGAAAAAAUUCUACAUGAAAUUUAUCGUAGAUUAGGUACUGUUGAAGUAGAAGAUCAGGUAUCUGUUACUAGAUAUAUGAAGAGUGCCUUACCAUUUAUUGAUGAAAAGAGAGUUGCCAUAUGGGGAUGGGCUUAUGGUGGAUAUGCUUCAGCAAUGGCAUUAGCUUCUGAUGAUGGAGCAUUCUCUUGUGGCAUUUCUGUUGCACCUAUUACCAGCUGGCUUUAUUAUGAUUCAGUUUAUUCUGAAAGAUACAUGCAGUUUCCUGAUCCAUCUGAUAAUUUUAUUGGUUAUGGUAAAGCUGAUUUAAUGAAAAGAGCUGCUAAUAUGAGAAGGAAGAAGUAUUUACUUGUUCAUGGCACUGCAGAUGAUAGUGUCCACAUUCAGCAAUCAAUGUUAUUGAUUAAAGCACUUACAGAUGCAGGUGUUAUUUUCAGAACUCAGAUAUAUCCAGAUGAGAAACACAGUUUACAUAAAGUAAUAUUUCACUUAUAUUGGACUAUGGAAGAUUUUUUGGAGCAGUGCUUUUCUUCAGAUCAACAAGAACUUGAAAUUGGUUUACAGAAAACCAAUGCAGUCAAAAGUAAUAAAAGAUAGCCAAAAAGUGAAGAUAAUCUUGUAAAUAUUAGUUAAUGCUGAAUAGUAGAUAACUUGUUGACUACGAUCAAUUUCUACAAAGUAAGAAAGACAUUCUUAUGUUUAAUGCAUUGAAUUAUUUCAUUACAAACCAAAUUAAUUCCUGCAAACAUUACUAACAAAUUUAUAAAUGUAACCAUAUCAACUAUAUUAGUGAUAACCUGUAAGAUACGACCAUUAUUCCAUGCCGGAGACAUACAUAUAUCUUAAUUUUUGAUACGAUUCGAUUAUUUAUACCGAAUUGUAAGAUAAUUUUUUGGUUAGAUUUAUGUAGAAUGAGUUCUUAAGAAAAAAAAAAACAUUUAGUGAUCAAUCUGUGAUAUAUAAAUCAAUCCUGUGAUUUAAAAAAACAAAAAAAACUUAAAA